CGCGUCUGAUCUCAUGUAGAAUGCAAAUAUCUUCAGUCUAUUCCAUACUCCUAUAGCAUCAAACUUCACCAUGGCUCCCCCUUCACGCCCUCCCCCCAUAACCAUUCCAGCCGCCACACCCCCAUCUAACCCCGCACACUCUGCCGCUUUCAUCUUCCUCCACGGUCUAGGCGAUGAGGCCUCAGGACUUGAAAACAUCCCCCAACAAUUCGCAGCGGCUGGCAAACUUCCCCACUUAAACUGGCUGCUACCCUCCGCCCUCCACAACCACGACCUCGCCCAAGCAGCCUGGUUCAUGCCCACCCGUCUCUCUCCUUUCCCUUCAUCACGUCCUGAACUGGACGAUCCAGAAGACGAUGAAGGGAUCAAUAGUAGCGUGGCUUAUAUUGUCUCCCUGAUCGACGAAUUUGUCGCGAGAGGCAUACCCGCGAACCGCAUCAUUGUCGGCGGAUUCUCGCAAGGCUGUGCGGUAUCGAUGCUGUUGGGAUUGACGUCGGUGUAUUCAGGGCGGUUAGGGGGUGUGGCGGGGUUGAGUGGUUAUUUGCCGCUGGCCGAGAAAGUCGACGAGAUGAGGAAGGGCGCAGGAUUAAGUGAGAAGGUGCAGGGAGGAAUGGAGGUAUUCCUAGCAAGGGGUACGGGAGAUAGACUCGUACCGAAGAGGUAUGCGCGCAUGUUAGAAGAGACAAUAAAGGAGGUUGGCAUUGAGGAGAGCAAGGUUGAGGUGAAGGAGUAUGAGGGCAUGGGGCAUGUGAUUGGAGGUGGGGAGCUGAGAGACUUGUGUACUUGGCUGGAGAGGGUUUUACCGAGCAUCCAUUAGAGUGCUUGGGUAGUUUGGAGACGAGGAAUUAUAUAAAUGGAAGAUGCACAAGGCGAUGGUGCUGUGCGUGUUGAGUGUAUAUAAAAUGUAUAAAGGCAUGAUC